AUGAGCGUGACUAACCCUGCGUCAUCUUUAAUCGUACGUGGCGUUACGUUCGACUUGGAUGAUACUCUAUGGUGUGGCAAGACUGUUCUUCGCAAAGCAAACGAUGCUUUUCAUGCAUUUUUAAUGCAAAAAACACCUCAAUUGGCUCAGCAAUUCCCUCCUGCUACGUUUGAUACGCUUCUUGUUGAAUUUCAACAGUCCAUGCCUGAGAAAGCACAUGAUUACACAUUUCUUCGUAAACAUACACUCAAUUAUUGUAUCAACGUUUGUGGGGCUUUGAAUCUAGAGUUAGAGGAUGAAAUACAGCUUGAAACCUUUAUCAAUGCUGCAUUUCAAGCGUUUCUAAUACCUCGUAGUCAACCAGAGCUAUUUGAUGGUGUCGAGCACUUGUUUCAAGCUUUAAAACAAGAGAUUAGAGAAUGGAAUCAAGAUAUUGAUCCUAUCUUGGGUGUUAUCACUAAUGGCAAUUGUAAGAUGGAAAAUCUACCGGAAUAUUUCAAUCAGCACAUGAACUUUAUUGUAUCAGCAGAGGUCGUUGGCACGGCCAAGCCAAAUUUAGCGAUCUUUGAUGCAGCGGUUGCGAAAUUCCCACCAGUGAAUGAUCGUCAACAGAUUGUUCAUGUUGGCGAUCACUAUGAAUGUGACGUGGAAGGAGCAAAACAUGCUGGAUUGCGUACGAUUUGGGUGAAUGCCAAGUGGACGAAACCCAAUGCAUUGACUCGAACCGAAUUAGAUUUGGAAGAUGCGGAGCGAUAUGUUGCUGCAGAUGCAAUUGUGAAAGAAGUGAAUGCUGUGUUACUUGUGGUGAAACACUGGAAUAUGCUUGCUGCUUCAUCAACGUAA